AUGGAUAUUGAUGCUCCAUUGGCGCAUGGCAUGCAGCAGGAGCACAACAACCACAGCAACAAUCAUCAUCAUAACAACAGCAGCAGCUCAUCCCACGGCUACCACUCGGAAUCAUCAAUGAAUUUCGAUUACUUACAAGGCCUGCGCGCCGAUGCAGCUGCGGCAUCAACAUCCUCGGUGGCCGGUGGUGGCAGCAGUGGCAGCAAUGCGUAUGGACUUGUCGACGACAGUAGAGCACUGGACAGGCCUUACAAUGUGAACGAGCGAUUUGUUACAAUACUCGAUCAGUUGGAUGCGCGUGUGGAGAAGUUCCGCAAGGAUGCAUUGAAUUUACAAGAGAAGAAAGACUACCUCUUAAUGUCCAUGGAUCUCAUCAAGAGCAAUGAGAUGCUGCAGAGCAUGACCGAGGCUGAACGUGAAGAGAUUAUGCUCUACAUUCAACGAGUCAGUUCACGCCUGGGCACCGUUGAGCUCAAUGUACGCACUGUGAGAGAUGUAUCCCAGGAGGAUUCUCUCAGCCAGAUCAAUGCCUUGAUCGACACCAUGAUCAAAAUGGGUGAUCCCGUGAUGGCCCGCCAACGUUGCCAGUUAUAUUUAAAUGCCUGCUGCAGCAGCACCAUGGAUCCAAGCAACCAUUUGGGCACAGUGCACGAGGCGGAUAUCGGACCCAUCGAUAAGAAAUUCGAGAGUGCUCUGCUUGGUUGCACUUUGGAUGAUCAAAAGAACAUUAAGAAGCGUUUACAGGCAUUGAUGGGCUAUCUGAAUAAGCAAACUGUUACCAAUUAA